GUGCAGUAUUUAUCUACCUUAGCCAAAUUGCACGACAUAUCUCGUUAAAAACGAUUUUUCUAGGAUAACUACAGUGUAUCUAGCCCAAUCUGAGGAGGAAUUAUGCUUUCAAGAGGUUGUUCUUCAGUUGUGUCUCUUCUCCGAGCAUCGGAAUCUAGAGUUUUCACGGCGCCAACGAGUGGUCUUCACACGAUGAAUGGCAGAGCUCUUCGUCCGGUUUCGUUUGUUUUCAGCCGUGGUAUGAGUAACCAAGAAGCAAGUUCUGCCACAGACGGAGGUUUACCAACAUUGCAUCGUGUGUCAGCUUUGGACAGAUUUACCUUGAUUGCAACAAGAACCAUGGCACCACCGAUACCAGCUGAUGUACAUACAGCCACCAUGGAGAGGGCAAACAGUCGCCGUCGCAUUGGAGUUAACGGAAUCAUGAUUCUGUUCACACUUGGUGCGUGCCUUUGGAUCAUAAAAACAUCCCAGAAGGGACGAGAUGAGAACACUUUGGAAUCACUUCAUGAAAGAAAUGUAAAAAGAUAUGAGAAGCUCAGAGAGGAAGAUGCAGCUGCUGCUGCGCGGGCUAACAGUGAAAAGAAGUGAAGUUGAACACUGACUUUUUAAAACCCUUUUCCUCCUGAUGAUCACGGAGAGAAUGCUGAAGUUUAACUUUCGAGUUAAUGGUUAAAAUCCUAAAGUGUGAGUGACUAUGCGUGCCAAAUGAUAACUUCUAGACUGUAAUAUGCAGUACAUACAUUCUCCCAAAUUAUUCCCAAAUGGAAGUGAUUUUAGUCAUAUUUGUACCUGGAUACAACUUCAACAUUGGUAAAGGGUUAAAUUGUGUGCAGGAGGUGAGAAGUUUCAGCAAGAGUUUAACUCAGUACUAAGGGUUAAGGGUUAAGGGGGCCCGACAGUUUGCAGGAUGGAAGGUUUUGUCAACAGGUUCAAAGCUGACCUGUUACCUCUACAUGGCCUGUCUUGCUGGCUGUUCAGAUAUUGAAUAGGAUGUGUACCUAAGUUCUUACUUACCUUAAAAGUAAAGUAUUUUUAUUUUAAAAAUUAUCUCCGAUGACACUUGCAUGAACAAGGCACCUUAGAACUGACACUAUAAAACUGGACAUAGAUAACAGAAAGGCAGUAGUUAACUGAGAAAAUUACUUCAUUGGGGUUGGCUGAGAGCAGGCUGAUGAAUCAUCAAUUUUUAAUAUGCACUGCAGUGCAAAUUGACAUGCUUGUAUUCAUAAUUUUCUCAGCCAUGUAAUAAAUGAGUAAUCAUAUGAAAGCUUGAGAAAUUAAGGAUUUACUCUUCUCGUGACUCUUAAAAAUUCUUUCAAAUUACACUUGUGCAAUUUUGAGAGAAUUUUCAAGCUGUUUGUAUAAUUUUAAUAGGUGAAAGGGGCACUGAUAUUUUGCUGCAUUUUUGGUCAAAACAGUGCUUUAAAGUGUGAAUACCAGCAGUUACCUUAGCUCAUACAAAAAGGCUCUUAGGAUGACACUACGAUGAAGAUUUUAAGUAAAUCCAAGAACAAUUUGUAUUGAGCUUUUAGUGACUUUUUCAAGACAAGAUCAGUCAGAUUUUGAAGAAGUCUGCUAGACUUUUUCAAUUUCACAUCACAACCUUGUGUUGCAUAACUCACUAUAAGACCCCAUUUCGGUAACUUUAUUUCACUUGACUGAUCAUGAAUUAUUUUAAGGUUUUCACCAAUGAAAAUAUGCCUUUUAGGUUUGGA